AUGGAAAACAAUAUCUCUAGUGCUGCUGUAAAUGGAACUGCAAUGGAAGUCAAUGUCACAGAUAAAACACCUUCUUUCAUAGUGCCCCAAAAUAGUGUCGAAUUAUGGACAGCUAUUGGAGUUAUUGCAGUAAUUACUAAUUCAGUUCUUUUUUUAAGUUUAAUUUUAUCGCGUUCAUUGCGAAAUCAAUCUCAUGUUAUAAUCAGUAGUUCUUUUGUAAUUGGCAUCCUCUUUGGUGGAAUAUAUAUUUUACCAAGAUGGGCUGCAUUUGACUACUUUCGGCAAUUUGGUUUAAUUUGUUCUAUUAUGCCAUUACUUGGUUCAGCAUUUUUGCUGAAUUAUAACUUACAUCAAUGUUUUACGAGUUUGGAUAGAUAUUUUGCCGUUAAAUGGCCUAUAAAGUAUCGACGUAAAGUGCAUAAAAGGUUAUAUUUAUACAUCGUAGUGAUUUUAUGGGUAUUUUCCUUUGCAACAGCAUUUAUACCAGCUAUGACAUUUCGACCGCUAUCUAGUAGUCAUUGUGUUGUUCAUUCUGGAAAUUUUCUUGCAGAGCGAAUUUUUGCCUACUGGAAAUUCUUAGGUUGGUUUUUUGUCCCUGUAACAGUAAUUGUCUUUUGCUAUUCCCAAACCUUUUACAUGAUUUAUAGCAAGCGAAAGAAAUCCGUUGCACCAAGUAUUAGCUGCAACUAUAGGCUUGGAAAAACAACCAGUAAGAAAACAAUUAAUGCAUCUAUACAAAUGGGUAUACUAGCAGCCAUAUUUAUUGUGAUGAUGCUACCUUAUACUUGUGGAUUUAUUAUCAGUGAAUUCGGCAGGAUAUUACCGAUAUCAGUUCAGUUUAUUCUUAAUAUGCAGUUUAUUACUCGAUACAUUGCAUUUUCUUACCCAGCUAUCAAUCCAUUAUUGUAUGCUUACUUUGUAGAUACUAUUAGGCAUGCUUUUCUGAAUCUAUUUCGUCUACAGAAAAGUAAAUCAUCGAUUAUUCCUAAAAUUAGUCAAGUUGCUUCCGGAUAA